CCAUGCAAACCCCCGAACUGCAUUAUGCCAGUUAACCCCCCAAAUAGCAUCGGUCCAUGCAAACCCACCGAACCACAUUGCGCCAUUAUGCCAGGCAACCCCCCAAAUAGCUUCGGUCCAUGCAAACCCCCGAACUGCAUUAUGCCAGUUAACCCCCCA